AUGGCUUCUCUGUUGCUUAGCGAGCUCCUUGCGAUGAUUUUUGACGACUUUGCAGACGAUCUCAAUACGCUUCAUUCCUGCAUCUUAGUUAACAAGAAUUGGUGUGCGGCAGCCCUUCCAGUUUUGUGGGCGAGACCUUUCACUUUGUUGCGUCAACUGCUUGAUCGUAUUUUGGUUGACUUCCUUGCGGGAGACGGCCCUUUAUUUCGAAAAGAAGACCGGUUUGGUCGGUUCGCAGGCAAUCUUAUAACCACAUUUAUUGAAUGUUUUACAGACGUUGAUUCUCUG